CCCACCUCCUUGACGGAGAGACUUGAUCUAUCGAACUUACAAAGUCCCUCGAUGGGACCUCAGGGACUUUUGUCCAGCAACUCCCGACUUUACGUUACUAAUGUAUCUAUAUCCAUCUAUGUAUUCUACAGCCUACAAAAGGGGGACACGGUUUAUACGGGGCGAACUAAAAUCUAGGCGUGUUUUUGGCUUCUGUGUUUGGCUUAUGGGAUAUGGGUCUCUUUUUUAUUGUUUUUGGCGGAUAUUCCCCCUUCAGUUCUUUCUAUGGUCUAGCUUCGAGGUUGGGUUUUUUGGGGGGAGUUAGACACAAAAUCAUUCCAUUGAGGCCAUAUCUGGUCUCGUUUUCUUUUCUG